AUGAGUCAGCUUUGGAAGAGAGAUAUACCUUUGUCAGAGAGGCUGGCUAAUGACUCUCCUGCAGGCCUUGCACCCAGAGUUGCUGCCACCAUGCGCCCCCAGGGGUCAGGGUCAAACUCUUCCCUUAUACCAGACGCUCCAUUGGUCACCCCAGAGCAGCCCAUUUUCCUCAUGACCUCUACUGCCCAAACUAUAUCGGGGUUUUUUGUUUGGACAGCACUCCUGAUUACAUGCCACCAGAUCUACAUGCAUCUACGUUACUACAGCUCUCCAAAUGAGCAGAGGCAUAUAGUGAGGAUUCUCUUCAUUGUCCCCAUCUAUGCGUUUGACUCCUGGCUCAGCCUUCUAUUCUUUACCAAUGAGGAGUACUACGUAUACUUUGACACAGUUAGAGACUGCUAUGAAGCCUUCGUCAUCUACAACUUCCUCAGUCUGUGUUAUGAGUAUUUGGGAGGUGAAAGUGCUAUCAUGGCUGAAAUCAGGGGGAAACCCAUUGAGUCAAGCUGUGUGUAUGGUACCUGUUGUCUGUGGGGUAAGACCUACUCCAUCGGCUUCCUCAGGUUCUGCAAACAGGCCACUCUGCAGUUCUGUGUGGUCAAACCACUAAUGGCAGUCAUUACCGUCAUUCUUCAGGCUUUUGGAAAAUACAGAGAUGGAGAUUUCAAUGUGGCCAGUGGCUACUUGUACGCAACCAUCAUCUACAACAUCUCUGUGAGCCUGUCGCUGUAUGCGCUUUUCCUUUUCUACUUUGCCACAAGAGAGCUACUUGUCCCAUACAGCCCUGUGCUGAAGUUCUUCAUGGUCAAGUCUGUCAUCUUUCUCUCCUUCUGGCAGGGGAUGCUGCUGGCCAUCCUAGAGAAGUGUGGUGCCAUUCCUCAGAUAAACUCGGCUGACUUUUCGGUGGGUGAGGGAACUGUUGCUGCUGGGUACCAGAACUUCAUCAUCUGCAUUGAGAUGUUCUUCGCUGCUGUUGCUCUGCGCCAUGCCUUCACUUAUAAGGUCUACAUGGACAAAAGAUUGGAUUCAUAUGGCCGCUGUGCACCAAUGAAGAGCAUCUCCAGCAGCCUGAAGGAGACCAUGAACCCAGGGGACAUGGUGCAGGAUGCCAUCCAUAACUUCUCGCCAGCUUAUCAGCAGUACACCCAACAGUCCACCCUGGAGCGAGGGGGAGGCCCUGCUCUCUCUCGCAGCCACAGUAACCUCAGCACCAGAGGGGACAAUGAGAAGACCCUGCUGCUCAGCUCUGACGAUGAGUUCUGA